AUGUCGGCGAAAAGCUUCGCUGAGUCGAACACGUUCUAUCGGCCCGUUCACUCACGGCAGGCGGAAUCUUGGAGGAGGCCUCUCGUCCUCGCUGUCGUUCUAUUUGUGCUCUGGUCGUGGAAACUCAGUGAAUGGUUCCAUGGCAGCAAUUUCAUCCUUCAUCCAGAACAAGGCCCCUUCCCAGUCUUCACCGAUUGGGAUGACAUACCCACGAGCGAGAAGCUCCUCUGGGUGCGAUGCGAGCUACCCGGCAUGUUUCCCCUGGGCCGUGGCUACAUGUGCGCCCGAUUGACCGUGCCGAUGGAUUACCAACGGCCCUUGACUCAGUCUGCCGAUAACCCCAAGGUCCAUGUCGCUAUGGUUCUCCUCCCCGCUCUCGGCCACGGCCUAGAGACGGGGCGUUUCUCCGAGUCCCCGCUUCUCCUCAACCCGGGCGGACCCGGCGGGCCAGGCACCACUUUCACCUUCCCGCCGUUCGGCCCCACUAUCCAGGCCGCCGCCGGAGGCAGCGUCGACAUCAUCGGCUUCGAUCCCCGCGGCAUUGGCGCCACGACCCCACGGGCUGACUGCUUUGUCGACACCAAGCCCGGCGAGCAACCCUCAGCCGCGGCUAAUAACCUUGCUUAUAUGCACAGACUGACCUGGCUGGCAAUGGCUCACGACAUCGGUCUGCCAAAUGCCACGUCCGGCGCCUUGGACCAGCUUGCACAGCGUGCCAGGGCGUUGUCCAAGCUGUGCUCCCAGAAGGAUGUCGAGGAGGGCGGAUUCGAAUACAUGGCUACGCCUAAUGUAGCGGCAGAUAUGAAAAGCAUCAUCGGCGCACACGAUGCCUGGCUUGAGGACAACGGGUUCGACACCACGCCACUCAGUGCCGGCAUGUUGUCACCCAGCGAAGCUGCUCCUCCUUCGACAAAGGGGAAACUAGUCUACUGGGGGUUCAGCUAUGGCACAUUCCUAGGACAAACCUUUGCGGCCAUGUAUCCUGAUGCGGUCGGGCGACUCAUUCUGGAUGGCGUCGUUGAUGCCAAGGAGUACGAUAUACCUACGUGGAUCUCAGCCAUGCGAGACGCCGAUGCAGUCCUAGAAAGGUUCUUCUACUACUGCCACCUCGCCAGGGACGCAUGUGCCCUGUACCGUCUAGGCGACGGCAGCUCAGCGCAAAUCAAGAAACGAUACGAGCAGACAAUGGCCAAGCUCCGGGCUGAUCCACUCAUCGUCGUCUCCCGCGCGGGAAAUAUGCCCAUCGUGCUACUGGAGGCCGACAUACGGAAGCUGCUCUUCACCUCGCUAUACUCUCCCACCAAGGUCUUUCCCUUAUUGGCUGUUCUGCUGAACCGUCUGCAUGUGGGCGAUGACCUCUCCGAUGUGGUGGUUGCGCCUGAUUUCGGCUUCACCUGUGACGCGGAUCUCAAGAUGGUCAUUUAUCCCGAGGAGAGCCCCAAGGCGAUUGGAUGCAGUGACCGGAGGUACAAGGUGAGGGCAAAUAUGAAGCAUGGGCCAGGAAGAACAUCUGCUGACGGGCCUCUCUACCAGCGUAAUGAGACUCUGGAGCAAGUCUUUGACAAGGUAUCCAAGGUCACCUCUUUCGCUGACGUCCUGACUCCCUUCGGCCUCAAGUUCUUCCCUCUCAUGAUGCACUGCGAAGGCUGGGACAUCCAAGCCAAAUUCCCCUCCCCGGGCUGGGACGUGAACCUCGAAUCCCCCGACCCCGUCAACACCUCGUUCCCGAUCCUCUUUGUCGGAAACACCCACGACCCCGUCACGCCGCUAGCCCAGGCCGUCGCCGCGUCCCGGAAAUUCGUCGGCGCCGGCGUCUUUGAGCUCGAGGCCGAGGGGCACUGCACCCUCGCCGCGACUUCGAUCUGCGCGAUCCAGAAGAUGAGGGCGUAUCUGCACAAGGGCAUCGUGCCGCCGCCGGCUGCGGUUGCUGCUGACGGACGGAUUGCCGGGUGGGAUAAGUGCAAGGCCGACGAGCGGCCUUGGAAGCCUUUCCCGGCUGAGCUGGCGGCGGAAGAAGGAGGAGAAGGAGAGGGGGCACUGCACGCGGAGGACUUACAUGUCUUACAGGGGUUGAAGGAUGUGCAUGCCGAGAUUGUCGGCCGGUUGACGCCACCAUUGAAGCUGCGUUUGCAGUAA